UUCCGGUACAUAUUGCGCUGCGUCUUUGUCGACAGCGUCAUUCUGCUUGGUCAUCCCGUCCGUCGCACCCACGUGAGAAACGCGCACCCGAGCCUCAAGUCCAACCGGUGGAUUUUUCAAGCCAUGGCAAUCAACAACAAUAUAAUGGUCCGACUAUUGGUUAUAGAGAUCACGUUUUUGAUUUUAGCUGUCGUCAACUCAUACCCGGCAUUUGAAGACAACGAAUUUAAGCAUAAAAAUAGAGACAAAGGGAGAACUAUAAGAGGUUUCAAAAAUAUGGACUUAUCUACAGCUAGAGGGUUUGGCAAACGAACCGACCAUUACGCGAAUUUAAUACCAUUGGAUUUAUUUGUGGACAACAAAGAAGAUAGCUUCAAUCAAAAUAUACCGUUGGAUGUUUCUUUGGACAAAAUAUUGAAGAAAAAAUACAACAAUUUUAUCGAAAUGCUAAUCGAUGUCAACCACGACGGUUAUAUUUCUAGAGAAGAAUUGCUGCAGUCAAUUGAUGGCGAAUCAUAAUAAAAAGUUAUAAAUAAAUAUAAAUUAUAUAUAUAUAUUAUUAAAGUCAGUUUC